AUGUCAAAUCAAACAGCUCAGCCUCUCCCUCUCGCUGUCGACUCGCCGAAAGUGAAGGUGGUGCCUUUGUUACCGUCCUCAGGGCCACUUCCUUCUUCGCUCACGCAUCCUCCGUCUACAUCGUCCCUUUCACAUCCACCAUCCUCUUCUUCCCCCUCCCCUUCCACACAUGCACACUCACCACCACCACUACACCCAACCAAAAAAUCAUCAACGCUCUCUAACACCACCGCCUCCAUCAACAAACCGCUCUCAUCCAUCGACUCUCUCCUAGCAUCCGACGUGCCCACGGGCGCAACACUCGAGAUCGGCAUCCCAUGCAUCAUCUCGUCGAAGCGGAAGCGGUUUAAGGCGUAUGCGAGGUAUAUUGGCGAGGUGGUGGGUGAGAAGGGGGAGUGGGUUGGUGUGGAGGUGCCGUUGCCUGCGGGAGGAGUGGGUGGGAGUGGGGAUGGGUGGGGGGAUGGCUCUGGAUCUGGGAUGGCCGGCAGUGGGUUUAGUACUCAUAGCGGACAUGGGCAUGGGAGUGCUGUACUGGACAAGACGGGUGUUGUGGAUGAUAGACAGUGGAACGACGGGUCGUGGGGCGGAAUCCGAUAUUUCGAGAUUGGGGGUAUGCUCUCUGGCUCCGAAUUCGACUCUGGGAAUCCCACUUGGUACGGCGGCGGCGGCGGCACAGACGAUCGUGCCGCGCGUCGUAGGCGCCUAGACGGAUCGAGCGGCUCUGCCAUGGCUGCCUGGGGUACAUCUAGCACCGGUGCACUUCGUGGGGACCGCGAUCCGAAGAUGCAGGGUUUGUUGAAGAGGGAAGGCGACCAGCUGAGUAUUGCGUCGGAGAGGAUGAAGAGGGUGCGGAGUGUGAGUCCGGCUGUUUCGGAGAUGUCGGGGUCGGGGGCGGAGUCGAGGGGGUUGUUUGUGAGGCCGCAGCAGGUGCUGUAUGUUGUGGAUGCUGUUGGAGCGGAUUUGUGA